AUGAUAAAAUCUAAUCAGAAUAUAUUUUUUAUUGUAUUUAUAUAUAUGUUUUUGAUACUAUAUAUUUCUAGUAUCGAAAGUGCAAUCUCCGGAGUCAAGGCCCAGGAACUUCCUCCCAAAACUACCAUACAUAAUAUUAAUAAUAGUAAAGGAAAUUAUAAUGUGGAACAUUUCUUUAGAGGAGAACAUACAAACAACUGGGCACUAUUAGUUUGUACAUCGAGAUUUUGGUUCAACUAUAGACAUAUAGCUAAUGUUUUAGGUUUUUAUAGAACUGUAAAAAAACUUGGUAUACCAGAUUCACAAAUUAUUUUAAUGUUAGCAGAUGAUAUGGCAUGCAAUCCAAGAAACUCCUACGCUGGAAGUAUUUUUAACAAUGAAAAUCAUAAAUUAAAUCUUUAUGGAGAUAAUAUUGAAGUUGAUUACAGAGGUUACGAAGUCAAUGUAGAAAAUUUUAUUAGAGUUUUGACUGGAAGACAUGACCCAGAAGUAGCCAGAUCUAAAAGACUUUUAACAGAUGAUAAAAGUAAUAUUUUAAUUUUCUUAACUGGUCAUGGCGGUGAUGAAUUUUUAAAGUUCCAAGAUAAUGAAGAAAUUUCAAGUCAUGAUUUAGCAGAUGCUUUCAAACAAAUGUGGGAGAAAAAAAGAUACCACGAAAUUUUAUUUAUGGUCGAUACUUGUCAAGCCAAUACACUAUAUACCAGAUUUAACUCACCAAAUAUUCUUGCAAUUGGUUCUAGCAAAUAUGGUGAAAAUAGUUAUUCACAUCACUCAGAUCCAGAACUUGGUGUAGCAGUUAUUGAUAGAUUUACCUAUUAUACUUUAGAAUUUUUUGAAAAUGUAGAUCCACAUAAUGUAACAUUACAACAAUUGUUUAAUACAUAUAGCCCACAAAAACUUCAAUCACAUAGCGAAUAUAGAACUGAUUUAUUUAAUAGACCAUUAGACAAGGUCCCAGUUACUGAUUUCUUUGGUUCAGUAAUGAGAGCUGAUAUAACCCCCUCAAUGGACCAACAACAACAAAAACAACAACAAGAACCAAAUAAAAUACAACCAACAAAAUCAAAAACAAUUUCUUUCAAACCUACAGAAAAACCAACAAAAAUUAAUAAUAUUGAUAUUAAAAAUACAGAUAUAGCAGAUAAAAACCUUUUCAGUAAUUCAAAUUUUAUUUUAUCUUCAAUUAUUUUUAUAGGUGUAUUUGCAUUCUUGGCUUGGUCAUCAGAAUUUGCCAAAAGCUAUUUAGUUUUUAAUCCAAAUGAUAUUCUAGAUUCAAAAAAUAAAGAAAAUCAAAAACCAAAAACAAAAUAA